UUUUUGGUUUUUUUACUAUUAUACCGAAUUAUUUAAGAAAAACGGUCUGUCCUUAAAAAGAUGAUACGUAUAAGGGCUUUUAAACCAUUCGAUAGAAAAUUUGUCUCAUUGACAAAGUCAUUGAAUAAAAAAACUGUAUUUUGUAUAAGACAAUAUGCUAAGGCUAGUGUGAGCUCAAAUGAUACUCUAAAGGAUAUAGACCCUGCCGAAUUGAAACGUCUUCAAAAACUUCGCAAUAUUGGUAUCAGUGCGCAUAUUGAUUCAGGGAAAACUACCUUGACAGAACGAAUUCUAUAUUAUACCGGAAGAAUAAAAGCGAUACAUGAAGUUCGAGGAAAGGAUGGUGAAGGAGCUAAAAUGGAUAGUAUGGAAUUGGAGAGGGAACGUGGUAUCACUAUCCAAUCUGCUGCCACUUAUUGUAAUUGGAAAUGGCAAGAUCAUGGGGAUUAUAAUAUCAAUAUUAUUGAUACUCCAGGGCAUGUUGAUUUCACUAUCGAAGUUGAACGUGCAUUAAGAGUUCUUGAUGGCGCUAUUUUAGUUUUAUGUGGUGUCGCUGGUGUUCAGAGUCAAACCAUCACAGUUGACCGUCAGAUGCGCCGUUACAAUGUUCCCCGCAUAUCAUUCAUUAAUAAAUUGGAUCGUGUUGGGGCAAAUCCGUUCAACAUAAUUGACCAAGUCCGGCAAAAAUUGAAAAUAACUGCUGCUGCUAUACAAAUUCCAAUCGGGCUUGAAGACAACCUAAAAGGUGUUGUCGAUUUAGUAAAAUGGAAAUCCGUUUAUAAUGAAGGAAAUCGCGGUGAAUCAGUUAUUGAAAAAGAUAUUCCAGAGAAUUUAAUUAAGUUUGCUACAGAAAAACGGCAAGAAUUAAUUGAAACUCUCGUAGAUGUUGAUGACCAACUUGCAGAAAUUUAUUUGAAUGAGGAAAAUCCAACCUCACAACAGCUAAUGGAUGCAAUAAGACGUGCAACAAUUGCAAAUAAGUUUACACCUGUGUUAAUGGGAUCAGCAUUUAAGAAUACUGGAGUACAACUUGUACUGAAUGCUGUAUGUGCUUAUCUUCCUAAUCCUUCCGAAGUGGAGAAUAAUACUUUAGAUAUAAAUCAUAAAGAAGCUGUUGUUCCUCUUGUUCCUUAUGUGAAAAAACCUUUUGUUGGUUUAGCCUUUAAGUUAGAAGAUGGGAGAUUUGGCCAGUUAACAUAUAUAAGAGUUUACCAAGGAGCUUUAAAAAAAGGGGCUGUAGUUACCAAUACAAAGACUUCAAAGAAAGUUAAAGUUCCAAGGCUUGUUCGUAUGCAUUCCAAUGAAAUGGAGGAUGUAGAUGAAGUUGGAGCUGGAGAAAUAUGCGCAUUGUUUGGAGUUGAAUGUUCCUCUGGUGAUACAUUUACUGAUGGCACUGUUGCCUACUCUAUGACAUCAAUGUUUGUUCCGGACCCUGUAAUUUCAUUGGCAAUUUCACCUAAAGUUAAAGAUGCUCCAAAUUUUUCAAAAGCAUUAAAUAAAUUUCAACGUGAAGAUCCAACAUUUUGUGUAACAUAUGAUGUGGAGAGUAAAGAAACUAUUAUAUCGGGAAUGGGAGAGUUACAUUUAGACAUUUAUGUUGAACGUAUGAGAAGAGAAUAUAACGUUGAUUGUAUAACUGGUAAGCCACGGGUGGCUUUUCGAGAAACUAUAACAUCAAAGGCUAAAUUUGAUUAUACCCACAAGAAACAGACUGGUGGUGCAGGACAAUAUGGUAAAAUCAUUGGUUAUAUUGAACCUUUACCUAAUGUUGAAGAUGAUAAACAACAAAUACCCAGCUUUGAAAGUCGUGUUGUUGGUGGACAUAUUCCAUCUCAAUUUAUUCCAGCCGUUGAAAAGGGAUUUCAUGAUGCAAUAGAAAAGGGCGGAUUAAUCGGACAUCCAGUAAAAGAUGUUCGAUUUGUUCUUUUGGAUGGUCAAUAUCAUGCAGUAGAUUCUUCAGAACUCGCUUUUCGCCUAGCAGCACAAUACGCGUUUCGAGAAGCAUUUUUUAAAGCUAAUCCUGUUGUAUUAGAACCUAUAAUGAAUGUAUCAGUAAUAGCACCAAUAGAAUUCCAAGGAACUGUCAUUGGAAAUUUAAAUAAGCGUAAGGGAACUAUUAUAGAUACUGACGUACAUGAAGAUCAUUUUAUAGUUACUGUUGAAGUUUCCUUAAACAGCAUGUUUGGCUAUUCUAGUGAUUUAAGAAGUGCUACACAGGGUAAAGGUGAAUUUACUAUGGAAUAUAAAACUCAUCAAGCGGUUUUGCCACAUGUACAGGAAGAAUUAAUUAAUGAAUAUAAGAAAAGAAAAGCAACUGAAAAAUAAUAAUUUAUAUAGGUAAUGUAACUGAAGUUACAAGAAAUUCUAUAUAAAUAUAAAUAAGAAUGAAUAAAUAAGAGUAGCGUAUAUAAUGAUUGU